AUGGCGCUGCGGAUGGCGGCGGCGGCGUUCGUGCGGCGCCUGGCGCCGGCGCGGUCCCCGGCGCUCCUGGCGGAGGCGGAGGCCGUGACGUGCGGGCGCGGGGACAAGAAGACCAAGCGCGGGAAGCGGUUCAAGGGCUCCUACGGCAACUCGCGCCCGAAGCGGGACAAGAAGAUCGAGCGCAUCAAGGACCGCGUCGAGGUGCCCCGCUCCACCCCGUGGCCGCUCCCCUUCAAGCUCAUCUGACUGAGCUCAGGGAGAACUCCCUCCGCUCGGUUCGUCAGGCUGCCUAAUAGGGUUUCGCUUUUACCCCCUAUGGUUUGCUGCUACUCUCAGCUGUUCUCCGUUAGCUCCGCUUGCAGGGCAUGUCAUUUUCCUAGCUUUCUGUCAUAUUGGAUUCUGUCAGAUGUUUACUAGACUACUAUCGAAUCAACCUGCCAUUGUAACUUGUAGUCGGUAUGCUCGAACGAAUCAAGCUUUUGUGUACUUCUAUCCUUGUGCUGUCUGAGAAUGAUGAUAAUAAAUCAUUGGGAAUGAAAUUUAUAGUUGACAGGUUA